AAGUGGUCCAAAAUUCAAAGAAAGGAAAUUGUGUGUAGCAGUUGGCAGUUGAGGAGGACAAUAAAGAAAAGAAAUAGUACUAAAUUAGGAAGGUAACAGGAAGGUGGAGUAGGACUUAAGCUUUUGAAAGUAAACCCCACAGAUGUUGGAGUAGGAUGGGAGAUUUUAUGCGCAGCGCCUUUGUGUUUGUCUUUUAAGAUCGGGCCAAAAUGCUUUGCCUCCACGACACCCUCAUUUAUAUUAAAAAAAAGGGUGAUGGUUUUACUUGUGGUUGUGGGGUCAAAACUGAAGCAUUACUCAAAUAUAUUCUCAUCUAUGCACAACUCCGCUAGUUUUUCUUUGUUUUGUCUUAUAAAUUGGAUUAAAUCAAAAUAUUCUCGCUUUGUCUCCACCGCAUUCUUCUUAGUCUUGCUUUUUUUCCUCACUUACUCCUGUUUUGUUUCUUAUUUACCCAUUGCAUUGCCUUUUCUUUCUCACGACUCAGCAGACUAAGUGAAAUGCUCUGCUGCAUAUUCCAACAGAUUACUAGCAGCCAUGAAGAUUUGAAACAUUGGAUUAUUUGACACAAUGGGGCUUUCAAAUCUAUUUUCCAUUGCUUCUAUGCCAGUUAUAAAGACACUGCUUUUGACUGCACUUGGCUCUUUUCUAGCUCUGGAUCAAAUAAAUGUUUUGGGGGAAAUGGCAAGAAAACAAUUGAAUGGUGUAGUGUUUUUUGUGUUCAAUCCAGCACUAGUGGGAAGCAACCUGGCUAAAACAAUAACCUCUGAAAGCAUUGUUUUGUUGUGGUUCAUGCCGUUCAAUAUCCUUGCUACAUAUAUUAUUGGCUCAAUACUGGGAUGGAUACUGAUAAAAUGUACUAGAGCUCCUCAACAUCUAAAAGGCCUCAUAUUGGGUUGCUGCUCUGCAGGGAAUUUGGGAAAUUUGCCUAUAAUUAUCAUACCAGCUGUCUGUAGAGAGAAAGGCAGUCCAUUUGGAGCUCCUGAAACCUGCUAUAAGUAUGGGAUGGCUUAUGUUUCACUCUCUAUGGCGAUAGGAGCGGUUUAUUUUUGGUCUUAUGUUUACAACAUUGUGCGGGUUUCUUCAAGUAAGGUCAACAAUGAAGACAACAGAGAGGAGCUCCCUAGCACGAUGAACUCUGCUGAAGGAACACCAAAAUUUCUUCAAGGGGAUUACACAGAAGCUCCUCUUGUUUGCACAAAGACAGAAGGAAUUGAGAAGGUUGUUGGAUUUCUCAUUGGUGUAGUCCCCCAAAUUCGAAAUUUAAUGAUUGGUGGCACUGCUCCUCUUCGUGUGAUAACAGACUCUGCUUCUUUGCUGGGUGAUGCAGCCAUUCCAAUUGUCAGCCUUGUAGUGGGAGGAAAUCUGCUUAGAGGCUUAAAAGGGUCAGGUAUUGAGGUGUGUGUUAUCGUUGGAAUUAUAGCAGUUCGUUACAUAGUCCUACCUCUGUUGGGCAUUGUAAUUGUUAAAGGUGCAGUCCGUGUUGGUAUGGUUCACUCACAUCCAUUAUAUCAAUUUGUUCUUCUACUACAAUACGCAGUUCCACCAGCAAUGAACAUUGGAACGGUUACCCAGUUGUUUGGAGCUGGAGAGAGUGAAUGCUCGGUUGUGAUGUUGUGGACAUACGCUGUGGCACCUGUUUCUCUUACUCUUUGGUCAACUCUCUUCAUGUGGUUAGUCGGUUGAUGCUGUGUCCAAAGUUCAGCAAAUUAAGUAGCUGUUAAGGCAUAUUUCAUUUCAGAGAAAAUCCUUUAUGUACUAUUAAUAAUCCGGUAUAUAGAAUGGUAUUUGCAUCACUUGGAGGCGAAUACGUAUCAGAGAAUGCAAAUUUAUCUCUCUGUAUACUGCUGUAGCCUUGAGCUUUUUCGGGAUCAGUUUGUCACUGAAGCAGCCCAUACUUAUCAAAUUA